UUUUUUUCUUAAAACUUGCCUUUGACAUUUAUUAUAUAAACCCUAUCUUCACUUCUUUUUCUCCACACCAAAUAACUUCAAGUUUUUUAAGUUUCUAGACAAAAGCACAAGAUGGCUUCAAGUUCUAGGGCUUUUCUUUUUGUGCUUCUUGGUGCUCUUGUUUGUAGUAGCAUUGAUGCAAGGAAGCUUGGGAGUGAUAAUGGUUUAAGGGAUGAGAAGAAUUUCUAUCAUCGUCCAGGGUUCGGCGGAGGUGCUGGCGCAGGAGGAGGUGGUGGUUUUGGUGGUGGUGGUGGUAGUGGAGGAGGGUUAGGUGGUGGUUCAGGAGGCGGAUUUGGUGCUGGUGGUGGUUCUGGCGGUGGACUUGGAGGUGGAGGAGGUUUUGGUGGUGGUGGCGGCGGUGGAUUUGGCGGAGGAGGUGGUGUUGGUGGAGGAUCAGGGUUUGGAGGAGGAUCAGGAUUUGGAGGUGGUGCCGGUGGUGGUAGUGGACUAGGAGGAGGUGGUGGAGGAGGGUUUGGAGGCGGUGGUGGUAGUGGAGGUGGACUUGGUGGUGCUGGAUCCGGUGGAGGAUUUGGUGGUGGAGCUGGUGGAGGAGUUGGAGGUGGAUUUCCAUGAAUAUAAAGAAGAAUAUUAAUGCUUUCUAUUUCGCACGUUUUUGUAUGAAUAAAUUGCUGAAGGCUUCUUACAUCAUUAGAGAGGGCGUGGCAUCACAUGAUAAAGAAUUAUAGAUAUUUUUUAAAUUACAUGUAUAUCAUAUUUUGUGUUUUGAAUAAUGGUGGUUUUUGACAAAA